CCUCAUCGAGGCAGUCAACACCAGAGGGGAAGCAAGCAUCUGUGUAAUCCACACACACACACACACCCUCGCUCUGCCAAGCCUUGAUCACCAACCCACCCAGCAUCACCACUUCAGCAGAAGAGCAGCAGCAGCAGCAGCAGCAGCCGGCGGGACGUGAGGCUGAGGGCGGCCUGCUGAACAAGAUGGAGGAGCGGAAGGUGAGGUGAGGCAUGAUCAUGGAGCCUGGCGGUCGCAGGCAGCGGGCAGAGUCCAACCUCCGGCCCCACCUCUCCAGGUUCACCGCCGGGAGGAUGCCCCCUUGCUCCAAACCACUGUCCAGCACCAGGACAGCUGUGCGCCCAGGGCCAGAUGUGAAGGAGAAAUGCCAACGAGAAGCUGCCUACCUCUUCAAGUUGGAGCAGGCCUUCAAGAAUCAGUUGUCGGACAUUAAAGCCCAGAUUCUGCAGCCACUGGUCAAAGCUGACGCUGCUGAUCUGAAGUCACGGGCUCACCUGAAGGAGCACCUGUCUGUAUUGGAGACGACUUUAGAUGUUCUGUGUGAUCGGGCAGAGGACCACUGCUCGCACCUGAAUGAAAGCCUCCGUUCUUCAACCCACAGAGAGCUCUACCUGGUCAAAGAUGCUCAACACCUGAAGGAGGUUUACAUCACAUACUUCACGACUUUCACAAACUAUGCUGUUCUCAGUGGCUUCGAGCACAUUGCCAAACAAACCAGUGACCAUUGGAAGAGGAACAAGAACACUCUGAAACAUUACCACAAGGAUUCAUCUUCCAUUUCUAUGAGCUUGCACCGUAUCCUCCACGAGCCCGUGCGUUUUCAGGUGCAGAAGUACAUUGAUAUCCUCAGGAAACUCAGCUGGGGCUUGGAAAAGAACCCGGAGGUCAAACCUAUCGCAGAAGCGCUGGUGACUUUCAUCGAUCUCGACAAGUGGAUCCAGCAGUCUCUGGAUGUGGCGACCUCCACCAAAACUCUCUGGAGCUCACUCGGAAGCAAACUAACUGACCCUCCUUUAUCCUUUUACCCAAUGUAUGGGAACCAAGAACUAGAGGAGCUAGGUUUAAGGAAUCGGUUGAAGAUCAUUGUGCCAGACGAAGAAUUUAUUUACAACAUGCGGGACUCCAAGAGUCUGAUGGUGUGGCUUUGGAAGCUGAAGCAAGCGAUCAGACAGUGCUUGGGGGGCAAGCUGGACUACCCGCUGUGGGGCGAGGGCAGCAUGGAGAAAACCUGCCCGGUGCCGGCUCGACGCUUUGCCACCUACACCUUCGUCAGCCAUCCUCGAUUUACCGAUGCCACCUACGAAGGGGACUGGCACACGGGCAAACCUCAGGGCAGUGGAAUCAUGAAGUGGCCAGAUGGACGAAACUAUGCCGGACAAUAUGAAGGAGGUCAGGAGCAUGGGUUCGGUGUACACGUCGCGCCCGGAACUCCAGAGACCUUCGACUGCUACAAAUGCCACUGGAAAAUGGGAAAGAUGUGUGGAUACGGUAUCUGUGAGUAUGGAAACAGCACGGUUUAUAAAGGUUACUUCCAAGACAAACAAAGACAUGGAUUUGGAAUUCUAAAAAACUCCGGGUUGAAAAAUCAUCCCUUCAUGUACGUGGGGCACUGGGAAAACGACAAGAAAUCAGGAUAUGGAGUGUUGGAUGAUCCUGACCGAGGAGAGAGGUACAUUGGGUCCUGGUUGGAAGACUGCAGACAUGGAGAUGGCAUUGUUAUCACUCAGUCAGGACUCUGUUAUGAAGGAACCUUCCACAACAACAAAAUGAUGGGUCCUGGGACAAUUAUGUCGGAGGAUGACUCUGCUUACGAAGGGGAGUUCACAGAGGAUCUAGUGCUGACUGGAAAGGGAAAGCUGACCUUCAGCAGCGGUUACGUCAUUGAGGGGAUGUUCAGCAACAAGUGGGGGAGCGGGCUGAAGACAAGCGGGAUGUUCUCAAAACCGCCCAGUGAGACGAACCCCGUCGUCACCAGCAAGCUUCAACUAGGCAGCCACCUCACGCCGGCCAGAGACCGCUGGAAAGGAAUCUUCGAUCAGUUCUGGGAGUUCAUCAAAUCCGGGUCGGAUGAAAGCUCCUUGGAAUCAUUCCUUGGGUUUCACUCCGAGAAUGUGAAGGAACGUCGGAAGAACGUUGAGUACCGGGUGCCCGCUGCAAAGGUGGACUCACUCUCCCCGACGGCCUCUCUGCAAUUUAACCCUUGUGACGGGACAAAUGAUGCCAACUCUGGUACAGUCAUGCAGAAUCAGGGCUACUUGGCUGAGAUACAAUGGAUGAAGCAGUACUUGGAAAAGAUGUUUGAGUCGACCAGCCACCCGCUGGGAACGUUGCUGCGGAAACUGGUCCAGGUGUUCCAGUAUACCUAUUCCGGUAUUUGUAUGUACAAACGGCUACUCACCAUCGCACAGCAAGACGUGGUGUCACACGCAGUUCAGCUCUUUGAGUUGGCCAGGCAUUUCUUGCCCACGUCACUGGAAAAAGAAUAUUAUUCCGACGUAGGUGACAUCAGCGAUGAACUGAACGCUUACACGGUGAUUAUUCCCAUCAUCCUACCACGGUUCUACCCGGACCUCUUCAUGCUUUACAUGCUGUACCACGAGGCUGACGACUCCAGCUACUGGAGGGGCAUCCUACACCUGGAGAAUCUCUCCGACACUAAGCUACUGGAGCUGCUGGAAGUACAAAAGAUCCUGUGGCCACUUCAAGACCUGCAUCUGACGAAUAACCAGAGGAUUUCCAUCGUGAAGGAUGUUUGUUUCACCUCCGCCAUCCUGUGUUUCCAGAAAAUCAGUACCACGGCGGACCCUCAGCUGAAACUGGAGACCUUGAUGAAAACCUACCAUGAAAUCGAGAGGACCGUGUCUCGAGUGUUGAACAGGGAGUAUAAUCUCCCCAUGGACGACUUACUGCCACUGCUGGUUUAUGUGGUGUCCAGAGCAAAAAUCCAACAUCUUGGAGCUGAACUCCACCUAAUUCGAGACAUGAUGGAUCCUACCACUGUGGGUGGAAUGAACGACUUCCUGCUGACUGCUCUAGAUUCUUGCUACCAGCACAUUCAGAGAGAGGAAAUCCGACCCAGCAGUUUGCCCAAAUGAUGGACCAUGAGGAGAGGGAACUGGGGGAGACUUGUGACGGGAACGCUGAUCAUGGGGAACGUGGAACGCUGAUCGAGCAGGGAGGUGCGGGCGAACAGACGCUCCUCCAGCACCUCGUUUGACGUAUAAACAGUAUCAGGCAGAAACUGAACCAAGCUGAAAAUCACUUCAAACGGGCAGCAUGGUAGUACAGCGCCAGAGUGUCUGGUUCAAUCCUGACUAUACGGAGUUUGCACGUUCUCCCCGUGACCUGCAUGGGUUUUCUCCAGGAGCUCCAGUUUCCUCCCACACUCCAAUGAC